AUGGCAUUCAGACACUUUACAAGUCUUCCGCUCGAACUUCAGAUCAAGAUAUGGCAUACCUAUGUGCGCCCCGGACCGGCCAUGCACAUAUUUGAUGUAUGCUAUCCGUCAUGGAAAGGAGACAAACGUACCGAAAAAGCAUUCCAGUCAUUAAUGAAUAGCAAAGAAGGAGUGGAAAAGUUGAAAGAGUAUAAAAAUAUGGUGUUUCUUGAUCGUAUGGACACUAUCAGCCCAAGGGGCGUGUUUGAUCCAAGCAUGUAUCAUGCCACCGCGACGUCAAAGCUGAUCAGUCGUCUCACGGAGCGGACUGUCAGAGAGACAGAGACGAGAGAGGACAUGAACGAGAUCUAUCUUUCCGGCCGUGGUCAAAAGCUUUCCAUCCCAGCGUCGGAUGUCCUCAUGUUGCGCAUUCGCCAAGAUCCAUCCGACCAUUCCGAUCUAGCCACCGAGACACUUCUCUGUCCACCACCCAUCAAGGAUAUCCUCGAGAACCAGUGGUCAGCCGAGCUGGCGUCAGCCCUGCGAAAUGCGAAGAAGGUAGCCAUCGAUGUUGGCGAAACAUGGGCGACGGGCUUGUACGGCGAGUUGGGUCUUGAAGAGAUUGCCUUUUUUGCGUGCACAAUCCAGAAAGAUCUCGAGGUGCUGUACUUGGUAGAUGAGUGCGCCGGGCGGUGCAAGCAGUGCAGAAGGCAGAGUGUUAAAAUGAACGAUAUCCGGAAGCGUGACGCCCUGUGGAAAGGUCUACGAACGAAAAACACCGACGACGAAGAUCGACCAGGCGACAUCAUCAACGCCGUCUCGAGACGCUACGUUGAAGCAACAAACCUUGCCGCCCUGGGAUGGGACGAGGAGCACCCAGCGUAUCUCUUUGCGUGUUUGAUUGACACCGCUAUCAAGACCCAACAAGAAGGCACGGAUAGAGGCAAGUUUCAGGGUGUCAGGGUGUUGGUGGUAGAAGAUGAGUGA